AUUCUACUUAAAGCCGGUCUCGAAUCAAGACAAGCUCAUUGUGAAUCGCCACUAGCUGGCGAUCGGUCGUUCCCGAGUUUACCGAUCAUCUGUUUUACAAUGUUGAGGAUAUUUUUGUGUGGAUUUCUUUUACAAUUCGCCCUGCUAAUCAAUGCCACUGGCCUGUAUACGGUGGUUGGGCCUGGCACCAUUCGAUCCAACUCCAAGUACAAUGUCGUCGUUUCGGUCCACAAGGCAGAUGGUCCGAGUCAGAUAAAAGUCAGUCUGAAUGGACCCUCCUACAAUGAGACAAAGCAAAUCGGACUGCCGCCCAUGUCCACCGAGAGUGUGGAGUUCGAGGUGCCAAAAUUGGCCACCGGGGACUAUAAUCUCACUGCUGAGGGAAUUUUCGGUGUGGUUUUCCGGAAUUCUACCAAACUGAACUACGCCGAUAAGAAGGCCUCGACCUUUGUUCAAACUGAUAAGGCCACCUACAAGCCCGCCGAUCUCGUUCAGUUCCGUAUUAUCUUCCUGGAUGAGAACACUCGACCCGCCAAGAUCGACAAGCCCAUAUCUGUCGUUAUUACCGACGGAGCCCAGAAUCGGAUCAAGCAGUUUACAGAUGUCAAGUUGACCAAAGGCGUUUACACUGGGGAACUUCAGUUGUCCGAGCAACCUGUCCUGGGCACCUGGAAGAUCUCAGUCAGCGUGGAUGGUGAUAACAGGGAGACCAAGACCUUUGAGGUGGACAAAUAUGUGCUUCCCAAGUUUGAGGUCAUCGUGGACACAGCCAAGGAUGUGGUCCUAGCAGAUAAUGUGAUCAAGGCCACGAUUCGCGCCAAGUACACGUACGGCAAACCAGUCAAAGGCAAGGCCACCGUGUCAAUGGAACCCAAUUAUAGCUACUUUGGUGACUCCGAGGCAAGAAAACAGGAGAAGACGGUCGAUGUCGAUGGUAAGGGUCAUGUGGAGUUUGAUCUACUAGAAUUCCGACACGGCUCCUACGCACCACCCAUGAAACUGUUCGCAAUAGUCACCGAGGAACUGACUGGCAACAAACAGAAUGCCUCCGCUACAGUUCGCGUUCAUCAGCAGCGCUAUGUGAUAGAAAAUUUGGAAAAGCCAGACCAUUUCCAUAGCAUGAAGUCGUUCGCCUAUCAGGUUGUUGUGAAGAACGUUGACGGGUCUCCAGUAACGAGUUCCGCGAAGAAGGUCAAGCUAUCGUUUGAAAAUGCUCAUCGCUAUUUUGCAGAGCGUUCUUCUGCACCACGAAUUGAGUUUGAAGCACCUGUGAACACGAAUGGCAUUGCAAACUUUAAUGUUACGCUUCCCGAAGUGGAAUCCAGAUUCUAUCGAAUUGUUGCCACCUUUGACGGGUCAGAGAGCACACUUGGAACCAUUUCCAGGUUCGAGCCAUCCAUUGACAAUAGGGAGCCCCUUAAGAUUGAGGUGAACACAAAAAAGCCAAAAUUGGGAGAGCGAGUUUCUUUCGAUGUAAAAUCGAUUGAUGAUAUUCCAUAUUUUGUGUACACGAUUGUGGCCAGAGGUAAUAUUCUGCUGAGUGAAUACGUGGACGUGCCAAAGGGUCUUAACACUUACACCGUUAAGUUUACACCCACGUUUAGCAUGGUGCCCAAGGCAACUAUCUAUAUUCAUUUUGUCCUGAACAAUGACUUGCAUUUCGAAGAGAAAACUAUCGACUUUGAGAAAGAGUUUAGUAAUUCGAUUGAUAUCUCGGCUCCAGUGGAUGCGGAACCCAGUGAAGAGGUUAAGUUACGGGUGAAAACCGAUGCCGACUCCUUUGUGGGUCUUCUGGGUGUGGACCAGAGUGUGCUGCUGCUCAAGUCUGGAAAUGAUUUGAGCCGGGAUGAGAUCUUCAAUAGCCUCAACAAGUACCAGACAACAACACCCUAUCAACGUGGCUAUGGACGUUAUCCUGGAGAAACCUCCGGCUUGGUAACUCUAACCAAUGCCAACUAUCCCUACACCACUGCUUUUCAGCGAUCAUGGACAUAUUAUUUACCAGAAUCAUGGACAUAUCGUAUGGGCUCUCCAGUAAUGAACAUGCGCGUUGGUGCGGGCCAGCCAGGUGUUGCUGAUUUUAGAUAUAGGAGCGGAAUUAGUUUUCCAAGCUCAGAGAUCAUGUAUUCAAGAAGAAUUUCUUCAAAUCCAGAUCCACCACCAGCGAUACGUAAAGAGUUUCCAGAAACGUGGAUUUUUGAAAAUGUUGAUGAAGAGGGUUUUACCCUGACCAAGAAAAUUCCGGACACCAUUACCUCGUGGGUCGUCACGGGCUUUUCCCUGAACCCCACCUCCGGAAUUGCUUUGACCAAAAACCCCAGCAAGAUUCGAGUGUUCAAGCCAUUCUUUGUGUCCACCAAUCUGCCAUACUCCGUGAAGAGAGGCGAAGUAAUUGCUAUCCCUGUGGUGAUCUUUAACUACCUGGAUAAGACUCUUGAUGCAGACGUAGUGAUGGACAACACUGACCAGGAGUACGAGUUUACCGAGGCCACCAAUGAGGUGGUGGACAAGGCUAUCGAUGAAGUGCGUCGUGUCAAAAGAGUCACGAUUCCGGCCAACAGUGGCAAGAGUGUUUCAUUCAUGAUCCGUCCGAAGAACGUAGGAUCCACUACCUUGAAAAUCACGGCAAACUCACCUUUAGCCGGAGACACCAUUCACCAGAAACUGAAGGUGGAGCCGGAGGGAGUAACCCAGUUUGAAAACCGGGCUGUCUUCAUCAACCUAAAGGAUCAGCCGGAGAUGUCGCAGUCGCUGGAGGCCGAGAUCCCAAGCGAAGUCGUGCCCCAGUCCGAGUUCAUUGAGUUCUCCGUCGUGGGCGAUCUCCUCGGACCCACGCUCCAGAAUCUCGACAAUCUUGUACGCAUGCCCUACGGUUGCGGAGAGCAAAACAUGGUCAACUUUGUGCCCAACAUCCUGGUGCUUAAGUACCUCCAGGUCACUGGUCGAAAACUGCCGGCCGUCGAGUCCAAGGCCAAGAAGUUCUUGGAGAUCGGCUAUCAGAGGGAACUGACCUACAAACACGACGAUGGUUCCUACAGUGCCUUUGGAAAGUCUGAUCCUGCGGGCAGCACCUGGCUGACAGCCUACGUGAUGCGCUCCUUCCAUCAGGCUGCAACAUAUACGGAUGUUGAUCCCAAGGUUAUGAACGCUGGUCUUGACUUCCUGGUAUCGAAGCAGAAGGAGAAUGGUGAGUUCCCCGAGGUCGGAAAACUCUUCGACAAUGCCAACCAUAAUGCCCUGGGGCUGACUUCGUUUGUCCUACUGGCCUUCUUCGAGAAUCAUGAACUCAUCCCCAAGUACCAGAGUGCGAUUGAGAAGGCUGUUCGCUAUGUGGCCGAGGAGGUGGACAAGACGGACGACCAGUACUCACUGGCCAUUGCCGCCGUGGCCCUACAACUGGCCAAACAUCCGCAGGCGGAGAAGGUCCUCGUCAAGAUGGAGGGCAUGGCCCGUUAUGAAAACGAUCGCAAGUGGUGGUCCAAGGCUUCGGAUUCCACUGGUGACGAGGGUCGAAUCUUCCACUGGAAGCCCCGCAGCAACGACGUGGAGAUCACAUCAUAUUUGCUGCUCGCGCUCCUCGAAAAGGAUCCGGCCGAGAAGGCCCUGCCCAUCAUUAAGUGGCUGAUCUCGCAGCGCAACAGCAACGGCGGAUUCUCCUCCACCCAGGACACGGUUGUUGGUCUGCAGGCCCUCACGAAAUUCGCCUACAAGACGGGCUCCGGCUCAGGCACCAUGGACAUUGAGUUUGCUCCUGCGGGAGGAGCCAAGGACACGAUCAAGUUGAACCCCCUGAAUUCGCUGGUUCUACAGACCCACGUCCUGCCCAAGGACACUCGCAAGGUGGACUUCACAGCCAAGGGCACUGGAUCCGCAAUGGUCCAGCUCUCCUACCGCUACAACCUGGCUGAGAAGGAGAAGAAGCCCAGCUUCAAGGUCACUCCCACGGUCAAGGACUCGCCCAACCAGCUGCUGGUGGUGGACAUCUGCGCUGAGUACGUGCCCCUGGAAGACGCCGACAAGGACAAGGACUCCAACAUGGCUGUGAUGGAGAUCGCCCUGCCCUCCGGGUUCGUGGGAGACUCCGAUAGCUUGGCCAAAAUCGAGGCCGUGGAUCGGGUGAAGCGCGUGGAGACCAAGAACUCGGACUCCACGGUCAUCGUCUACUUCGACAGCUUGACCCCCGGCGAUGUACGCUGCCUUCCGGUGGAGGCCUCCAAGGCUCAUGCGGUGGCCAAGCAGAAGCCCGCCUCCGUGUCCCUCUACGACUACUACGACACGGAUCGCAAGGCCACCGAGUACUACCAGGUGCAGUCCUCCCUCUGCGACAUUUGCGAGGGCACCGAUUGCGGGGAGGGGUGCAAGAAGGCCUAAGUCUCAAAUUCUACAAUGUCCAGAUGACAGAAUAUAAAACUAAUAAAUUUUAUUGAACCAAUA